GCCGCGCGGCGUCGGCUCACGUAUCCCGGCGGGUCUCGGAGUGUCGGACUGCGGCUACCGGCGGGCCGGCGGAGCUGUUGCGAUGUUGGUGGCGGCGGCGGCCGAGCGGAACAAGGAGCCCAUCCUGCGCGUGCUGCGGCAGUACAUGGACCCGGCGCAGCGCGGCCUCCGCGUGCUCGAGGUGGCCUCGGGCUCCGGCCAGCACGCGGCCCACUUCGCGCGGGCCUUCCCCCACGCCGAGUGGCAGCCGUCCGACGUGGACCAGCGCUGCCUGGACAGCAUCUCGGCCACCACCCGGGCCCAGGGGCUGUCCAACGUGAAGGCCCCGCUGUACCUGGACGUGACCUGGGACUGGGAGCACUGGGGCGGGAUCCUGCCGCAGUCGCUGGACCUGCUGCUCUGCAUCAACAUGAUCCACAUCAGCCCCCUGAGCUGCACGGAGGGGCUCUUCAGAGCCGCGGGACAUCUGCUCAAGCCCAAGGCGCUGCUGAUCACCUAUGGGACUUCCUGUGUGUCGUCUGAGGAAUGGCUGACCCCGUGUCUGUGGGUGGCGGGCAGAGCCGUGUUCCCAUCUCCGCAGCCCUAUGCCAUCAACGGGAGGAUCACUCCGCAGAGUAACGUGGAUUUUGAUCUAACUCUUAGAUGCAGGAACCCUGAGUGGGGGCUGCGGGACACGGCCCUCCUGGAGGACCUGGGCCAAGCCAGUGGCCUCCUGCUGGAGAGGAUGGUGGACAUGCCGGCCAACAACAAGUGCCUGAUAUUCCGGAAAGAGUAACUCCCUCCUUCUCUCGCAUGUUUGUGUCUCCAUGGGGCCCCCCUGGAACAAAUCCAGAUGCCAGCCCCUGCCUGCCAGGGCUGGGCCAUGAGGGGUGGCCUGGACCAGUCUGGGGGCUCUUGGCCGGAGGCCACAGAGCUGCUCAGAACCUGGGAAUAAAGUGUUUUCUGCUGCUC